AAUAGCAAAAAAAAUAGCAGAGGAGCGGCGGGCACCAGUGUCUGACGCCUCCCCUUGGAAGGGACGCAACGAACAAGCAAGCAGCGGUGGUGAAAAACUGCGGUGGAGAGGAGGCGAGCGGCUCCCAUCCCAUCCACUUCGCCGAGCUUUCAGAGGCUUCCAUGGUCUGAAUCGAAAUCUGGCCGGGUCUCCAGCAAGCGAAGCAAGCGGGCGGAAAAGCCCUCGCGCUUUCUCCGCUUCCUUCCUUGCACUCCCAACCCCAGCGCGGGGAGGAAGAGGAACCGGACCUGGCGGCGCUGCCCCGCCCAGAAUCGCUCUCUAUCCCUUGUGGUAUCAGCCCACCCAGACCGCGGCGCGUGCUGCUGCUUCUUGCCCUCCACGUGCAGUAUCAUGAGCAUCCUUGGAAACUUGCAUGCUUGAUGUACCCUGCUGCUUUCAUUAUGAAAAUUAUUGCUAUCAAAUUUGUUGAAGUAUUCACGGCAGGGAGGAAUCUGUUGGUCAGUUAUUGGUAUUAAGGCCUCUGGCACUUUCCUUGCCGAAUAUCUGUAGAACAAAUGGGAGAAGCACACUCGGAUGAAUUUUGCCACUGCCAGGGUUGUGUUGGCAAGUAUACACUACUCAGAGAUGAAGAAAACCCACGGUUGGCAAUCUUUGAGAGGCGGCUUCCUUGCUGUGGUUGUGGGAUAGGAUGGUCUUCUUUUCUUUUAGGUUUCUUGUGCCCAUUGAUUUGGUACUUUGCAGCCACCCUUUACUGCUGCAAGUACUACAAUAAGGAUCCUCGAGAGCGCCCAGGUCUUGCUGCCUCGGCUGUUGCGGCACUCAUCUUCACAGUCCUGGCAAUUAUCACCCUUGCCGUGACGCUGAUAAUAUGCGCAUACAAGUAACAUCCAGAUCAUGGAAAACAGGGCAGUUGGACCCGUCAUUGGUAGCUAAGGCAUUCAGAAGGAACUUGUAGUUUCAGUGAUAGCAUGUCUUUUCAGCCAUCCUUCAUGUAUCACUUUAGCAAGUUCUUGAUCGAACCGUAGCUACCGUCACAUGUGGUUCCUCUGUUUUCGGUUGACCUAUUGGCUGCCGUUGUUCAUCAAUGAGGAUGUUCAUUACUUCAUGGCAAGUUCUGAGUUCGGCGUAA